AUGAAUGCUAACAAGUGGUACCUGUUUAAUGUCGACAAACAGCAGCGAGCCCAAACCUUCUUCGGGACGCUGGACGAGUUACUGCUCGAAGGAACCCCUGAAGAGGAUCCAGGAGGGCACACAGCGCUGCUCAACAGCCUCCGCACGCCGUGUUUGCCGAGAGAGGUCGAUGAGUGGUUAUCCGCGGGCGGUGAAACCAGACAACAGUCCCCUCUCGCAUGGCUCCCUGUCGAACUGUUGGAUAUGGUCCUGGACGAGUUGUUGAUGCGGGACGUGAUCAUGUUCGCAAUCACCUGCAAGAGUCUGCUCAUCACAACGGAACGGCGCGUCCUCGCCGUGUUGAAAGCUCUCCACGCUCCCUGGCAGAACGGCCGGCUCAUCUUGCUCGGUAUGGACGGCACAUAUAGGCGCGCUGACCUCCCCACUGGCCUCUUCAAUGACGCGGAGUGGCAGCGGAUUGCGACCACGCCCCCACCGCAGGCGCACAGAGGAGUGCUUGUGCAAUCUGCCAAGGUCCUCGACAUCUGGGGUCUCGCGCGGUACGAGAUGACUCUCGGCGGACGUGACUCUCUAUACCACCUGCGCAGGCGCGUGCCCACGACGUUGCGCCCCAUCAGAGGCCCUUCCUACGGGCAGUGGAACACACCCUCCGGCGGGGUGUCUGCGAAGCGUAGCGAUGGGCCAAGCGACUUCCGGAUGUUCUCCAUGCUUUGGGGGUGUGCGGGCGUGGCGUACCCGGAAGGGGCGCGCGUCCUGUGCAACAUAUCAAAGGGCGAGUAUAUCCGGGAGGACACCCUGACGGUUGCAAGGGACACGGACGCGACGCUGGCACAUGCGUUUCUUGCUCGUAUCGCUUGGUCGACACAGCUCUCCGUCACGGCGGAGUGCUUGGACUGGGCGAAAGAAGAGGUCAAGCACGGACCGUGGGCGGGCGACCGAUUUUGCGUCGCGACGAUGGACACGCUGCCGGUGCUUGGACGAGGAGUGGGUCCGUGGGCGGAUGUGACGGACGCGGCGGAUCGGCUGCUACGGGAUCUCAAGGGAGUGGCCGUCCCUACAUUCUAA